AUGUUAAAAGAAUUAGUGCUUUAUAUAGAAUAUUAUUUACUUACAUAUGAAUAUCAAUGUUAUCAUGAUUUUUAUCAGAACGAUAAACAUAUAAGUGUAAAAAUUAAAUACAGUACAUGGAAUAUAUCAAUUUAUGAUAUAGGUGAAAAACUAUCAUCUACAUAUAUAGAACAUACUCAUUGUUUUUAUAGUGUAGCUAAAGAUGGAGUUUAA